UUCACACGUGCGUUUGUUUACAAAUAUUGUUGUGCUGAAUAUUAUUUUGAUCAUAACAAAAAUGAGUGGUGAUGGGGACAGUGUGAGUGAAGAUGGAUUGGGUCAAAGGUUACUGGUUCAGUUUAAAUCAGAAGCAGGGGAAGUAACUGGUUCACCUUUUGAUCUUCCAGUUAAUAUCAAUGUUCACAAAUUAGAACUGAUUUGUAAUGCUAUAUUACAAAAGGAAGAACCAACACCAUAUUCAUUCUUUGUAAAUGAUAUAGAAAUAACUGAGAGUUUAGAGAAGACGUUAGAUAAAGAUCAACUAGAGAAUACUGAGAAAGUAUUAGAUAUUAUCUAUCAACCACAGUCAGUAUUUAAAGUACGAGCUGUAACAAGAUGUACUGGUACUAUAGAGGGACAUGCUGAUGCUGUCAUUUCAGUUGCUUUUAGUCCAGAUGGCAGAUAUUUAGCCAGUGGUUCAGGAGAUACAACAGUAAGAUUUUGGGAUGUAAAUACAGAGACACCACAGUUUACUUGUAAAGGUCAUAAACAUUGGAUAUUAUGUAUAGCCUGGUCACCUGAUGGGUUAAAAUUAGCUUCUGGUUGUAAAAAUAGUCAGGUGUGUAUUUGGGAUCCAAAAAGUGGGCAGCAGAUUGGGAAAUCUUUAAUUGGUCAUAAACAAUGGAUAACUUGGUUAGCAUGGAAACCUUUGCAUUUAGAUCCAGAAUGUAGAUAUUUAGCUAGUGCCUCAAAAGAUUCAACAGUAAGGAUAUGGGAUACAUUAAAGAGUGAAUGUCACUUGACACUGUCAGGACAUCUACAAUGUAUAUCGUGUGUCAAAUGGGGAGGCAGUAAUUUAAUUUAUACAUCAUCACAAGAUAGAACUAUUAAAGUCUAUAGAGCUGAAGAUGGUGUGUUAUGUCGGACAUUACAAGGUCACGGUCAUUGGGUGAACACAAUGGCAUUAAGUACAGAUUAUGCAAUGAGAACAGGCUGGUUUGAUCCUAAAAAUGCUACUAUAGUCAAAGAGUUGAUCACAGACUCCGCUGAAGAGUUAGGGAAGAAAGCUCAAGCCAGAUAUGAUGCUGCCAAGGGAAGCGAACCGGAACGGUUGGUAUCAGGCUCUGAUGACUUUACCUUGUUUCUAUGGACACCAGAAACAGAGAAGAAAUCUGUUGCUAGGAUGACAGGUCAUCAACAGUUAAUUAAUGAAGUUCAGUUUUCACCAGAUACCAGACUUAUAGCUAGUGCUUCCUUUGAUAAAUCUGUUAAAUUAUGGGAAGGAAGAUCAGGAAAAUUUCUAGCCAGUUUAAGAGGUCAUGUUAAUCGAGUCUAUCAAGUAGCAUGGUCAGCUGACAGUAGAUUAUUAUGUAGUGGAAGUUCUGAUUCUACACUGAAAGUCUGGGACAUCUUAGAGAAGAAAUUAUUAUUUGAUUUACCAGGCCAUGCUGAUGAGGUUUAUGCUGUAGAUUGGAGUCCAGAUGGUCAAAGAGUUGCCAGUGGUGGAAAAGAUAAAGUUCUUAAAAUAUGGCGAUCUUAAUUCCUCAACUUAAAGAAAAGCUAUGGUUGAAAGGUUUUUAAAGAACACAUUGUACUGUGGAAUAUAUAAAUUUUAUACAGAACUAUGAAGUCGAAAAGUCAUUGUUAUUGUUAAUGAACUAGCACUGAAAUAAAUUAUAAAGUUAAAAUGUAAUAGUAAUUGUUGUCUGAAGUAGAUAACAAGAUUUACCUCCCUUGUCAUAAUAUUCACUUUUCUUGUGACUGUUGCCUUAAAUUUGUCAAAGAUAAGGAUUUAUUAAUGAUAAUGUGAGCUUUAAGACUGUACAUUUCAUAGCAAAGAAUAUUAAAUAUCAAAUGGAACCAUUUUAGAUCAUAUUGUGGGAAAUUUUGGGUACAAAUAACCAUUUUGUGUAAUGAGUCAAUGUCAAGAACUCUCAUGUUUUGUGAUAUGAUUAAAUUUGAAUUCUACUGAAAUAGUCCUCUGGCUGGUAUUAUUAGAAAUGACCUGAUACUCUGUUAAUGAGUUAAGUCAAUUAAGCAUCCAUCACAGAGAGUCUCCAUUGCUCAUGGCUUAUUUUGUAUAUUUUUCACACAUUUUGACUAAUUCACAAAGGAGUUAAAAAAGCAGACAUGAAAGCAGGAAAGCCAAAAAUAUUAAUGAACCUUUUCUUUGUAAUAAGAAACAUAAUGAGGAAAACAUGAUGAGUCAAGAGAAUAAUUAAAAUAAGUGAAAUAUUAAAAUAAUUUAAAAAGAUUUUAUUAUCUGAUAAACCUGCUUUAUCUAUUUAUAAAGAUCAAGGGGAAUAUCUUUAUCUGAGAAAGGUGAGAGUAAUAAUUGGACAACAAAGAAAUUGUUAUGAUGUUAUGAUAGAAGUGAUAUGAUAAUAAGAGAUGAGAUUACAAACAUUGGUUCUCACACUGGGUCUCUUUCUAACUUUACUUAGUCUACAUGUCUGACUUUAUCAACACAGUUAUUUAUUCAGAAUACAAAUUGAAAAUGAAUCCAAUUUUUCAGUGGAAAACACCUGUUUCCUUUUUUGUUUCUCAAGAAAUUUUAAAGUUUUGGAACAAAAACUUUCAAACAGCAUUUGAUAUAGACCAAAUUUUUUGAAGAACAAACUUCCAUUAGUUCUAGUCUGAUUCCGUAUUUUUUGUCCUACCUUAUUUACACAGUUCAUUAUUCAAAACAUGAAAUGCAAAAGGACAUGAUGCAUCUGUUCCAAUUCUUUUUGGAAGAAGGUUUUUUGAUAUAUUCAUAUGCAACCUUUGUGGUUAUGUUUUUGCCUAAUUCCCACAGCCUGUAUAUUUAUCCACCUGUUUAUCUAUUUGAAAUAUACAUUAAU